AUGAAUGAUACCAGUGGUGCUCCUAUAGCCAUUGAUGACGAGCUUUAUCCAGCUCUUAUUCAAUGUUUCUUUAUAAUUGGCACCGGUUAUGUUGCUGGUCAAUUAAAUCUAUUAACAAAUACACAUUCAAUAGGUCUUUCACGUUAUGUAAGUAAUUUUGCAUUACCAGCUGUAGUAUUUAAAAAUCUCUUUGAAGUACAAUUUGAAAAAGUAUCAUGGGAAUUUAUAGCAUCUGUAUUUAUUGCUAAAACAAUUGUUUUUCUUUUGACAACAAUUUUAACUGGUAUAGGUGAACGUCCAAGAAAUUUUGCAAGUAUGGGUUUAUAUGCAAUAAUGUCAUCACAAAGUAAUGAUUUUGCAUUAAUGUUACCAAUAAUUGAUGCUGUUUAUAAACAAUCACAUCCAGAUUAUGGACGUUAUAUUUAUUUAAUAGCACCAAUAUCUUUAGUUAUACUUAAUCCAAUUGGUUUUCUUCUUAUUGAAAUACAAAAACGUUUAGAUGAUCAAAAAAAAUAUCGAAAAAUAUCUGUAUGGUAUCGUUGUGAAUUAAUACGAAAAUUAUUUCAUAAUAUAUGUCGUAAUCCAAUUGUUAUAUGUACAUUACUUGGUAUUAUAUUUAAUCGAAUAUUUCAACAAAAUAUACCAUGUAUACUUGAACAUAUAUUAACACCAAUAGCACAAUCAUUUAGUUCAACAGCAUUAUUUUAUCUUGGUUUAACAAUGGCUGGUAAAUUACGUCGUCUUCAUACACAUCUUGUUAUUACGGUACUUGUUAUUAGUAUGAUUAAAUUAAUUAUAUUUCCAUUAGUAUUACGUGAAGCCGUAUUUUUACUAGUUAAACCAACUAAUGGAACUUUAAAUAAUACAAUUGAUUAUUCAAAUUUUGGUUUUCUAUAUGGAACAGCACCAACUGCACCAUCAGUUAUAUUUUAUGUACCAGAAUCAAAUGCUGCAUUACGAGCUAUUGCUUCAACAGGUCUUAUUAUUUCAACUUUACUUGCUGGACCAAUAAUGCUUGUUUCAGCUAAAAUGAUUAAUUUAAAAACAUUAGAUAUCAAACUAAAACAAUCAUAUGAAUCAGCAUUAGUUAAAACAUCAUAUGAUGUUAGUAUUAUAUCAUUAUUUUGUACAAUUAUUGUUCUUAUUGGAUUUUAUUUACGACGACGUUUAUUAAAAAUCUCACCUAUUCAUAAAUAUACAUUUAUUUUUGCUGGUCUUCAAAUGAUACAUGCAAUAUGGACAAUAGGGAUUCAAUAUAUAAAAUUACCAAUAUCGCUUAUGGCUUCAACAGUAGUUGAUCUAGGUAGUAUUCUAACAGCUCUAACAACACGUUCUUGGGCAACAAGUAUUUCGAUUGCUGUAAUGAUAUCAAUCUGUUAUUCAAAUGAACGUGCUCGUCAAUAUUAUUGGUUGUAUCAUUCAUUCGGUUGGCUUGUACCAAUAUUUACAACUUUUAUAAUUUUUUUUCGAUCAACAAUUGAUAGAUCAAAAGGUGAACCACCACUAGAUACACAAAAAUUUGGAGAAACACAAGUUAUUGCUUCAAUUUGUUUACUUGCUGUAUGUGUAGUACUUACUUCAGCAAAUCUUCUUCGUAUUGCUCGUCGUACAUAUCGAUUAAAACAAAAUGCACGUGAAAAUUUUACAAUAACUGAAAGUCGACCAUUAAUUAAUGAUGAACACGAAUAUGAUCAAAGUCAAUCAACACAGCAAUCAGUUUCUAUGGAUAUUAGUGUAGAUCAAAGACCAUUAGAAGUGCAUACACAAUUACUUCGUCAUGCAGUGCUUGUUGGUUUAUUGAAUAUAAAUGCAUUUGUUUGUAUAUCAGUUUUAUCAUGGUCAGUAUUGACAAAAAAUCGUGAUGGUAUUUAUUAUGAAUUACAAUUUCUUGAUACUGUUUUAUUACAUGGUCAAGGUAUUCUAACAUUUCUUGUUUUUUCACUUGAUGCUGAUUUAUUAUUACCCAUAACUCGAAAAAUUAUUAAAUUAUUGAAUCUUUUUGGUUUAAAAAUAAAAUUUCCUCGAACUAAUAGAAGUUAUAGAUCUUCAGAAAAUGAUCGACGACAUAAUUUUGAACAUAAAAUUCGACCGGAUUUUACUCGACAUUCAAUAUCAACACAAAGUAUAAACAGUUCUAUGGAAACAAUUGAAACAAUAUUUAAUGAAAAUGAUUUUUCUCAAUGGCUUAUAUCGAAUGGUUAUACAGAGAAUGAAUUAACAGCUCAUCAUUAUUGUCAAGAAUUAGCCAAUAAAAAACAAAUUAUUUGUAUUGAUCGUAUACAAAAUGAAGAAAUUCUAGAUUCUAGUAAUCAUUGGUAUGCUUUUACUAAAUAA